AUGCCCGAGUGCAAUGUGUUACAGCUUUUCAGACCACCUAGCAUGAGGUACGGAGAACCAUGUCCCUUUGACCCUAAAUCUCACGGACUCCGCGGCCACCAAUCAGCCAUGGAGUCAUACCGCCGAGGAACUCCCGAGCGAAAGCAAUUGGCGAAAAAGAGAGACUGUAGGACUGUCUUCGAACAGUCUUCGAACCAGUCUUCGAACCAAGACUGUUUGGGCGAAUUUAUCUAUGACUCGUACAGUUACUACACUUCAAACCGAGCCCUGUUAACUAGAGCAUACCAUUUGCGCCACAAUAUACCCAUUGAUGAUUUCGCCAUGAGUUUCCAGGCAAGGAGAGGUAGUCCAGCGGCAGUUCCGAUGCGAUGUCAUUACGCUCUCGCCUUUGUGAGUCAAAGCAGAAUCUUGGCUGAAAGUCCGGGGCGAUUUCCUAACCACGCCUUUGUUUCACGCUGCAAACAAUUGCCUGGACUUAGAUGUUCCUCGGGCCUACGCAUCGACGACAUCGAAGUCCCUUCCCUGGUGCUGCCCAGCGACACCAUCCACCUCAAGUGCAUUUUCCACCUUGAGGAGGACCACCUGUACUCGGUGACCUGGUGGCGCGGGCAGAAGCAGUUCUAUCAGUACAGCCCGACCACCGGCAAGUCUAAAUACGAGGAUAAAGGAAUCACAGUCGAUGAGAUGCGGUCUUCCAUGGAGACGGUGGUCCUGAGAAACGUCUCCUUGGCCACCUCAGGGACGUACAAAUGUGAGGUCGUAGCUGAGCGCACUUACGAGAAAGACUCCAAAUCUCAGGUCAUGGAGGUCGUAGACAUACCCGACCGCCUGCCCCUGUUGCAAGUGAGCAGAAGCCAGUACUCAAAGGGAGAUGAACUCGUGGCCAACUGCACUUCCCCGGGGGCCAAACCCAAGCCCACAAUCCAGUGGUCGAUCAACGGUAAAGAGGUCCACGGCAUCUACGUGAGAGAAAUCAGCGAAGGUCGCUCGAUGUUCGGCCUCUUCUCGCCGACGUCAGAACUGCGGCUGAUCCUUCGUCAGGACCACUUCGUCAACGGCCAGGUCAAGCUGACGUGCUCCUCCACCAUCUCGCACGUCUACCAGGAAUACUCGCACGUCACCAUCACCAUGACGGGCUUCAAGACAGUGGCGCCCUCGCAGAAGCUCUACGGGAAAGGAUCCACGUUGGGCGUCAGCUUAUCCUUGGUCAUCACAUCCGUCAUACUCCUGAUGGUGAAGUAGUGAUCCGUCAGCGCCCCCGUCAGGACAGGACAUAUCGCUCCAGGACUCUUCCGCCGGCAGGACGCACUGCCCAAUCAAGACCAGCUUCUUGUUCCCCCGAGGCGUUGUGCUUGGCACGCCCUUGCUUCUCUGUACAGACUCGGCCGCGGUCCUCUCCCCGGCCACGCUGACACCCCGCUGGCAUUUCCUCCCUCGCGCGGGUCCUGGAGGCUUCCGAGAGAGGAAUCCUGUUUAAUGGAAUAUAGGGUAUUCCGGUUCUACGUUAGGCUUAAAUGUACAUAAGACCGAAAAAAAA